CAGCCGCUGGUGCCUACGCCUUCUCCGCGCCGCCGCCUCUGGAUGGCACAAACUUUCCUCCCGGGACGGAACACACUGUCUCCGGGAGCCCGUACCCACGCCUUCUCCUCAGCUCGUCCCGAACGCUGCUGAGAUGGGUUGUGGAUUAAACAAGUUAGAGAAACGCGAUGACAAGCGGCCUGGAAAUAUCUACUCAACUUUGAAGAGGCCGCAGGUGGAAACCAAGAUAGAUGUGUCCUAUGAAUACCGCUUCCUGGAGUUCACGACCCUGAGUGUGGGUGAUCCUGAUGCAGGUGUGCUCAGCAGCCAUGCUGAGAAAGCGUUUCCUGGCAGUGGACCGCCCGUGAUUUACACAGGAGCGCAGUCCUGGAAAACCGAGCUCCCGCGGUCCUCAGCGGUGCGGCUGGCCUCCCUGCGGGACCUGCCUGCCCAGCUCCUGGAGCUGUACCAGCAGGGCUUCUUGCUGGUGGCCCUGCACCCCUUCGUGCAACCAGCCCACAAGCAGGAGAAGACUCCCCUUGAGCGCAUCUUCAGGGCCAUCCUGAUCAAGAAGAGCGACAGAUCUCAGAACCCUGAUGUCCACAAUGAAGGCUACAUCUUGGAGUUAGAUUGCUGUUCCUCCUUAGUUCACCUGACAGACCAAAAAAUCAUCCCCGAGUUCAUCAAGAAGAUCCAGGAGGCUGCCGGCCGGGGCCUGAAAUUCGUGGGUGUCAUCCCUCAGUACCACUGCCCAGUGAACUCAGCAGGCAGCAGUCCCCUGGUGGAUGCCAGGGGUGCGGAAACAGAGCCAGGCGGGGGUGGGAACAAGAAGAACCCAGGUGCUCCAGCAGGGGUGGACGGAAGCCCAGAGCCAGACCAGGGCCCAGCCGGGGAGACACCCAUUGCCAAGCAACCCAGCUUGCCUUUGGAAGAGGAGGACGGUUCAGAACUUCCCAAGACUCUGGAUGGACCGGAUGGCGACCCGUCCGAAGUGCAUGGGGAUCCACUCUCGGGAAGAAUGGAGAUCUUCGCCCUUUUCAACAGACCCGAGAGCCGUCAGGAGUGCCGGCAGUACUACCCCAUCACCAUUCCCCUCCGGGUGUCCACGAACGGCCAGGCGGUGAGCAGUGUGGAUGCCAACUGGCUGGAGCACAUGAGCGACCACUUCCGGAAGGGAGGCGUGCUGGUGAACGCGGUCUUCUACCUGGGCAUGGUCAAUGAUCCCUUACACAGCUUGACAGAUGGAGUAUUCAUCUUUGAAGCUGUUUCCACAGAAGAUAGCAAAACCAUGCAGGGCUAUGAUGCUAUUGUUGUCGAACAAUGGACGGUCCUGGAAGGCGUCGAGGUGCAGACAGACUACGUGCCCCUGCUGAACUCACUGGCAGCCUACGGCUGGCAGCUCACCUGUGUGCUACCAACGCCCGUCGUCAAGACUGACAGGGAGGGAAAGGUGUCCACCAAGCAGAUUGUCUUUCUUCAGAGACCGUGUCUACCUCAGAAAAUCAAGAGGAAGGAGUCGAAGUUCCAGUGGCGGUUCUCCCGGGAAGACACGCACAGCAGGCAGAUGAGGAAAUCCAGAGGUAAACUCAGUGCCAGAGACAAGAGACAAGAAGAAAACGACAGGAAUCCAGACGCCCAGUUUUCCAAGGCCGGCGACGUGGGAAACUGUGUGCUGAGCCGGCAGCAGGACGGAGCCCUGGAGGAGGUCACGGGAGAACAGCUGUGUCUGGGCGGCCGGCCCUGCGUGGAGGGCGGGGCCGUGCAGAACGGUCCUGCCAGCCACUGCGGGGCGCAGGCCGGGGGCUGCGAGGGGCACUCGGGUCCCGCGGAGGGGGCCGGGGAGGGAGGUGCUGAGGACGUGGCUGCAGAGACCGUGGAAGACCACUGAGUCUCAGCAGCUGGCACUGAGCCAGAUGAGUUGGCCAACCCCAGGCACUGUGCCGGCAGCCGGGUCAGGGCUGGUUCGCCCUGGUGUCCUGUGUUACCCUUUGGCUUGGCUUGACCUCUCCUGUGAGCUCACCCAGGCCCUCCAAGGGCUGGCUUCCUGACAGUGUUGGUUUCUGCACAUCCAUUCGAAACAUGUCAUAACGCCCCAGUGUUAGAAUGCAAGAGGUCAGGUUAUUUCUUCUAAACCUCAGGGCUGAAGGCCCGGCCCUGGCUCCACCACUCCUCAGUGGGAGGGUCUGGACCGUCCAGUGCCUGUGUCCACCCCAGGGCCUCCAGGGAGCAGUCAGGUCAAGUCCGUGGGCCUCCCUGGCUACAAACCAGGCCUGUGGGUUUAUUCCCACACCCUGCUGGGGCAGAGUCCACCCCUGGCUGUUCGCUGCAGCUCCCUGGUGAUUGUAACAACCCCUGGAGCCCUGUCAGCUGCUCUUCACCUAAAGCCCAGGACCCUGCUGCUUUGGCAAAGACAAUGACAUUAGGGGAGGGGAGGUGCCCCACCUCCUGGCUUUUCUCAAAGUAUUCCCGUAGAUACUGGUGAUCCGGAAAUGAAGAGGUAAUUCUGUGUGUGCACCUGCUCUUGCAGAACGUCUAAGAAAGUAUUCUGUGUUAGUAUUAAUGCCAAAAAUUUUUUAAAGUUUUGUAUUCAGCCCAUCGUGUGAACGCACGUUCUUUCUGUCAUUUCAGGGCAACCCGACUGGUUAGAUGCCCUUGUCAUGUGCUAUCUUAAUCGGAAUAUCAUUGGCCAAGUCAUUUCCCAUAUAUGCUAUCGUGUGUUUAUAUUGUUCAGAAGGUAUUGUUAAGGCUUUAAGUAGAUGCAACUGGUGUCUUGACCAAAACAACAGCCUGUCUCUUUCUUGUUUAGUUACUUAAAGCAAUAAAUCAUC